AUGUUGACGCGACUUUUCAGCGAGCCCAGCCUGGUCCCCGAAGUCCCGAAAUUCCCCGGUUGGGCCGAGGAGUGCGAGGAGGAUGCCCGGAGCGAGAAGGAGGAGAGGGCGGGGAAGGGCUGCGCCCUCCCCGAGGAGCCGCCCGAGGGUUCGCUGGGAGAGAGCAAGGAGGAAGGGGAGCUAGGAGGGGACGAGGAGGAGGAGGAGGAGGAGGAGGAAGGCCUGGAGGAGGCGGAGGGCGAGCGGCCCAAGAAGCGCGGCCCCAAGAAGAGGAAGAUGACGAAGGCGCGGCUGGAGCGGUCCAAGCUGCGGCGGCAGAAGGCGAACGCCCGGGAGAGGAACCGGAUGCACGACCUGAACGCGGCCCUGGACAACCUGCGCAAGGUGGUUCCGUGCUACUCCAAAACGCAAAAACUCUCCAAAAUCGAGACCCUCCGCUUGGCCAAGAACUACAUCUGGGCUCUCUCCGAGAUCCUGCGCUCGGGCAAGCGGCCCGACCUGGUCUCCUACGUGCAGACUCUGUGCAAGGGGCUGUCCCAGCCCACCACCAACCUGGUGGCCGGCUGCCUCCAGCUCAACUCCCGCAACUUCCUGACGGAGCAGGGCCAGGAGGGGGGCCGGUUCCACGGCCCCAACGCCGCCUCCUUCGCCGUGCACCCCUACCCCUACCCCUGCUCGCGGCUGGCCGCGGCGCCCUGCCCGCCCGCCGCCGGCCCCGGGCCGCACGGGCUGAGGACACACGGCUACUGCGCCUCCGCCUACGAGAGCCUCUACGGCAACACCUCGCCCGACUACAACAGCUCGGAGUACGACGGGGGGCUCAGCCCGCCGCUCUGCAUCAACGGCAACUUCUCCCUCAAGCAGGACUCUUCAUCCCCCGACCACGAGAAAAGCUACCACUACUCUAUGCACUACUCGGCGCUGCCCGGCUCCCGGCCCGCCGCACACAACCUGGUCUUCGGGUCGGCGGGGAUGCGCGGGGGGGUCCACUCCGAGAACAUCUUCCCCUACGACAUGCACCUCCCGCACGAGCGGGGCCCCAUGUACGAGGAGCUCAACGCCUUCUUCCACAACUGACCCCCCUCCCCCGAGACCCCUCCCCA